AUGCCGGAGGCUGCCCAGCCAGAGGAGGUAGCCAGACGGACAACCAGCCCCCCCAGGGACAUCACCAGGCCUGAGGCCUUCGUCCGGACAGGACCCCUGCUGGCCAGGAGAGCCCAGAGGGAUGCUCCUCCUCCAAAGAUGGUCCCCAAACCCCCGAUUGCCCCCCGGCCCAAACUGCUUCCCUCCCUGGGCCAGGGCAACGUGUCCCUGGUCAGUGCCAACACCUGGGAUGAGAGCACCAAGAAGAAGGGCAAGAAAGGAGUCAGAGUCCAGAGGUCUAGCCUGGGCCUGAGGCAUAUCCCCCGUGACCUAGAGAUGGCGAUGAUGAGGCCCCGUCUGGUCAAGUCGGCCGUUCCCUCCCAGCGGCCCUACCAGCCGUGGGACGACGAGGACGAGGUGGACAUUUGCGCCCUGCCUACAUGUGCCCCAUUCUUUGAUUACCUUGGUCGAGUGUUCGGCAUGCAUACUGGUGGCUUUGCCUAUAAGGAUAAGCGAACACAGAUCACAGAGAGUGUUCUAGAGUACGCCCUCCCACUGCUCACCAUCUUACAGAACUUUGUCAUCCGUUUGAAGGAGGACAACAAUCAGGCAGUUUUGAAAAGAGUUCAUGAAGAGGCACAGAACAACCUCUUCCUGUUUGAAGCUCUUUUCAAGACAGAUGGUGAUGAGCCUAUGGAUGAGUCCUAG